AUGGGACACCAAGAUGAAACGGAGUCCUGGAAAGCAAGAGGCCACGAAGAUAAUAGAGAACCAACUGAUGAUGUGGGAUCUCAUACUUCAUGGCUGGCAAAUCAUCCAUCUGCUUUAGAUGGUUUUGAAGACAUGAUGAUGACGAGCAUGGCAGCUGCCAAGGGAAAGAAAAUCGUCGUCUUGUUGGAUUACGACGGUACUCUUUCCCAUAUCGUACCAGACCCUGAUCAAGCUUUCAUGACUGAAGCAAUGCGAUCAGCCGUAGAUCAAGUUGCUAACUGUUUCCCUACUGCAAUCAUUUCUGGAAGGCGUCGAGAUAAGGUCCAUGACUUUGUGAAAUUAGACAAUCUCUGUUAUGCUGGAAGCCACGGCUUGGAUAUAUCGACCCCAUCAGCCUCUUCAAAAUAUAGUAACCAUAAGCAUCAAUCUAGAACCACUGAUGGAAAAGGAAAUGAAUCCGAUGUCUUUCGUCCAGCCGUAGAUUUUUUGCCCACCAUUAAAAAGAUAAAGACGGCACUGGAAGAAGAAAUAAAGGGUAUAGAAGGUGCCAUGAUAGAAGAUAAUACAUUCUGCAUCUCUGUGCACUAUCGGUGCGUCAAAGAAGAGAAGGUGGACAAACUUAAAGGGACGGUUGAAUCUUUCAUGGAAGCUUACGAUAACUUUCGCAUAUCGGAAGGGAAAAAGGUUAUGGAAAUACGCCCUAAGAUCGACUGGGACAAAGGUCGGGCCUUGCAAUAUUUGCUAGACACACCCGAUUUUGGCAGCUCAAGUAAUGAUGUUAUCCCAGUGUUUAUAGGAGAUGACAAAACUGAUGAAGAUGCUUUUAAGGCUAUAAAGACAAUUGGGCGAGGUAUUCCCAUUGUUGUUUCUUCCACUCCAAGGGAGACCGAAGCAUCCUACUCGUUACGUGAUCCAACGGAAGUCAUGCGUUUCCUGUUACAACUUGCGAAGUGGAUGGAAGAAGGCUCCGUCUAA